UUAAACGUGAUUUUUUGUCUGCAACUCCUUGCUACUACAGUUAUGACAUCUGCCGAACUCACUUUCUAUCUGUAUUUUUAUAUAGUGCAUUGGAAAAGUGGCACGUUAACGAAUCAUCUGGACAACGAGAUUUAUGAUAUAUAUUUGUUAGUGAUUAUGACAUAUUACUCUAUAAAAAUAGGGUUGAUAGUAUGGGCCUGUGAAACUGGUAAAAAUCAGGCCAUGAAAAUUGGCACCACCGUUCACGAUCUAUUUAAUAAUAUUUCGAAUGCGCAAAUAAAAAACGAGUUGCAUCUAUUUUCCUUGCAAAUAAUGCAUCGCGGAAAUGCAUUUUCCGCGAAGGGUUUCGUUAUGGAUGCUACUCUUCUCACUGCAGUAAGUGAGCGAUUAUUUGCUUCUUAAUUCAAUACGUAUUGUUUA